UACCCACAAAUUUUCUUCCUUCCAUUUGUCCCUUUUUGAUCUCUCGUUGAGUGAAAAUUGUCCACUUUUGGACGUUUUGACAUUCAGGGGUCUACCGUUGUAGCACAAGUAUCUGCAGACUUUCUUCUUCAAUUAAAAAGCACACGAACUGGUUUACUACUUUUGAUGCAAAAAGCCCCUCCUCCAUUACAAAAGCUUAAAGAUUUAUACUUUAUAGCGAGAGACCCUUCAGAGAGAAGGCUCGCUGGUCAAAAGCUUGUAUCUUUUUUUUUGUUUUCUUAGCCGUAUUUUUAUGAGUUUAAGCCAACACUUGAGAGCCCUGCCAUGUUCAGACUCUAUUAGCAGCAAAAACGGUAACUUUGUGGGUACUUCCUAGCAGCUCUGCCUUGCUGAAAUGCAAGAAGACAAGUGGAAGUUUUGGAGUCUAAUUAGUGGUGUCUGAGAACUCCAUUUGGCCUGUUGGAUUGGUGGGUCUGGUUCGUCUGGGCAUUUACUGAGUUUUGUCGUAGAGUGUAAUGAGAUGGGGUUUGAGGGGAGUGGAGUUAAGGAACUGCUGGGACUGAAAGUAACACCAAAGCACAAGCGUUCAAAGAGCUUUCCUGAUAAGAAAAAAGUUGAGGAAGAUAAACUGGAUAGUUCCUUUGAAGCCUCUGACCAUAUAAAGCUGGAUAUGGGGCACUUAAAGGAUAUUAAAACCAAGGAGAAACAUUCCCCUAAGGCUGAAGUCCAAGAUUCUUUAAAGCAAGAGAUUCUACAACUUGAGAAGAGAUUACAAGUCCAAUUUGAGGUCCGCCACGCUUUAGAAAAUGCAAUGGGUUAUAGGUCCUCCUCUCAUGAUAAUACAACUGAAGCCUUAGUGCCCAAGCCAGCCACGGAGUUAAUCAAGGAAGUUGCAGUGUUAGAGUUGGAAGUUGCGUAUUUGGAGCAAUAUCUUCUGUCCUUGUACCGGACAGCAUUUGAUCAACAAAUAUCCUCUGUAUCUCCAUCUGCCAAGGAUGAAAGAUCUAAAUCACCUAUAAAUACUCCAAAAGGGAGGAUCCUCCAAGCUUCCAGGCCUAAUUUUACAUCAAUGAGGGAAAGUUCAGCAGUACAAUCUGGUUGUGAGGCACUUGACAAUCCAUGCAAGGAACCCAAUACAAUUGAUGGAGAAGAGAAGCUAUUAGAUUCUGCUGUUCAUCGCUGUCACUCAUCAUUAUCCCAACGUUCGGCAUUUUUUACUAGAAUUCCACCUCCGGCAGAUUCUUUGGAUAAGGCUUUACGAGCAUGUCACUCCCAACCUUUGUCUAUGAUGGAGUAUGCUCAGCAUGCUUCAUCAAAUAUAAUCAGUCUGGCGGAGCAUCUCGGUACCCGCAUCUCUGAUCAUGUUCCAGAGACACCUAACAAGCUUUCUGAAGACAUGAUCAAGUGCAUGUCAGCGUUAUAUUGCAAGCUAGCUGACCCGCCUUUGGCAAACAAUGGCCUGUCAUCUCCCAAUUCAACUAUGUCGUCGAUGAGUGCAUUUUCUCCACGAGAUCAGUGUGAAAUGUGGAGUCCAGGGUUCAGGAAUAAUUCAUCUUUUGAUGUACGCUUAGAUAAUCCUUUCCAUGUGGAAGGACUCAAAGAGUUCAGUGGACCAUACAGCACAAUGGUUGAAGUACCUUGGAUUUACAGAGAUGGUCAGAAACUGGGUGAUGCUGAACCUCUGCUACAAAAUUUCAGGUCACUUAUCUGUCGAUUAGAAGAAGUUGAUCCUAGGGAGUUGAAACAUGAAGAGAAGCUGGCCUUCUGGAUUAACAUACACAAUGCAUUGGUGAUGCAUGCAUUUUUGGCUUAUGGGAUUCCACAAAACAAUGUAAAGAGAGUUUUUCUACUCUUAAAGGCUGCAUACAACAUCGGUGGUCACAUCAUCAGCGCGGACACUAUACAGAGUUCUAUCCUGGGUUGCCGGAUGUCUCGUCCUGGACAGUGGCUUCGCUUGUUACUUUCUCCAAGAACAAAAUUCAAAUCUGGAGAUGAACGGCAAGCAUAUGCAAUUGAGCAUCCAGAACCCCUUUUACAAUUUGCACUCUGUUCGGGAAGCCAUUCUGAUCCUGCGGUUCGUGUGUACACACCCAAGAGAGUAUUCCAAGAGCUGGAAGCUGCAAAAGAAGAGUACAUUCGGGCUACCUUUGGUGUAAGCAAGAAUCAUAAAAUCCUCUUACCAAAGAUCGUCGAGUCAUUUGUGAAGGACUCCGGUUUGUGUCCGGCUGGAGUGAUAGAGAUGAUCCAACUGUCUUUGCCUGAAUCUUUGAAGAAGAGUGUUAAGAAAUGUCAGCUAGGAAAAUCCCGCAAGACCAUUGAGUGGGUUCCUCACAAUUUCACGUUUCGGUAUUUGAUAUCUAAAGAGCUGGUUAAGUGACUGCUUCCACAGGCCGCUGCUCAAUACUUGAGGUAGAUUGCAUUGCUCGUAAGAAUUUAUACUAGGAGAAUUUAUAUUUUUCUUUUUGUACAAAGUAGAAUAUGUAGCCAGAAAAGGGAGGAUAGAAGUGUGAAAUCUAUGGCUUUUUGUACUCGUGUUAUGUGAUCUCCAUCUCUAUGUUACCCAUUGAAGUUGAACAUAUCUAUUAUUGCUCUAGUGUUGUUGUGAAAGAGUGGAGAUUCUGCAUUGAACAAUGUAAAUACAUAUCCUGCCAGGUUCAUUCAUGAUCUAAACUGUACUGUGAUUACUCUCUAA